AAAGAAGAUAAAUUCCAUUAAACUGUGUGUCAAAGUUUUAGCAUUAGUCUCGCCCUCGAACAAGCCUUAACCAACUCCUCACCUUUCCCUCUUUCUCAUCCUUCAUCUGUAUCAGAUAAAAUGGAGUUCUGCAUGGAAGAAAGAGCGUUGAAAUCAAGUGUAAGGGGAGAAUUAACCAUGCAGAAGAACAACCAGCAUGCUGUUUUCGAUGAUUUAUUGUGCCUGAACGGUGCCGUUCCCGGCGAAGAUUUCUCCGUCGAUUGUUUCUUUGAUUUCACGAACGGAGAAUUCGAUAACGAAGAAAAUUCUGGUUUUAUUCUCUCGCAAGAACAACGUCUAGCAGAUGAUGAUAGCAACUCGAAUUCCAGCAGUUUCUCCUUUGAUUCUGUUCUCACCAACGAAUUAUCUGUACCGGAUGAAGAAAUUGCAGGGCUUGAAUGGGUAUCUCAGUUUGUGGACGAUUCGGUUCCGGAGCUUCACUUUCCAUGCCCGGUUUUCAAAGAGAGCCAAGCAAAAGCUCGGUUUGAAUCCUCGUCGGCACCCGUUUUUGUGAAAACGCCGUGUUUUUCGUCACCGGUACCGUCUAAAAGUCGGAGCAAAAGGGCUAAACCGACCGGAAAAGCAUGGCCGGUUGGGUCGUUGCCUCUUUCCGAGUCAUCGUCUUCGACGACGGCGUCGUCGUCUUCAAGUGCUUCUUCCGGAUUUUCCAUGACUUCGGCUCUGGUUCUCAAAACCGAGCUGACCAACGAUUUCUCCGAGCAGCCGACGAAGAAGCAGAGGAAAAAACCGGGCGUUCAGGCUAGUGGUGGGAGCGCUUUCCAACGAAGGUGUAGUCAUUGCCAAGUUCAAAAGACUCCUCAGUGGCGAACUGGUCCACUCGGUGCCAAAACCUUGUGCAACGCUUGUGGGGUUCGUUACAAGUCCGGUCGGCUCUUUCCCGAGUACAGACCAGCUUGUAGCCCCACUUUCUCCGGUGACGUACACUCCAACAGCCACCGGAAAGUUUUGGAAAUGAGAAGAAAGAAAGAGGUAGCGGAAGGGAAGGUAUCGGAUGAGUUGACUCGUAUGAUUCCGAGUUUUUGAGAGUUUAGGAAAAUAGCAAAGCUAAACCAGGAUUGAACCGGGUUUAAUUUAACUCUUAUUGGGCUUAGCUUAGUUUCUAGAUUUCAGGGUCUAAUUUCGGAAAUUAGGUAGGGUUUUAAUUCCUAGUAUUCAGUUUUUAUUUAAUUUAUUUCUAGACUUUUUUAUCAAUUUAU